AAAGUCUCAGCUCAGCCAAUCAGAGGCGCCGACGAGGCUCCGCGUGGGGAGGAGGGUCUGGACCGGUUACCUGGCAACCGUGUGGACACUGUGUUGAUAGUAUGGCAAAGCGGAAGGGUUUGACAUCGAAAGCUAUCAACACGCUGGUGCUCAACUCGGCUGCCCUUCAAGACCACAUCACACGCAACCUGCUGCAUCCAAACGUCCAGCUUCCUGCCCCUUUUCCGAGAGGCGAAAGAAAAGCAGCCCGAAUAAUACUAAAGCAAACCGGUCUGCAGACACGGGAUCAGAGAGAGGAGAGGGAAUAUGUGCUUGAUUCUGCUCUACGCCCCUUAACAUUAGCUCAGAAGUUGGGUUUGGUGGCCUCCCCUGCAGGGAGGAUAUCUGAGGACGAAUGGUCUCGGGUCAAGGCGAGGUCUGUUCUGCAGGGGGACUCUGCACAGCCGUGUGCAAUAUGCAGGGAGGAGUUUUACCUUCAGCCUCAGGUGUUGCUGUCAUGUUCUCAUGUUUUCCACAGAGCAUGUUUGCAGGCCUUUGAAAGGUUUUCUGGGAGGAGGUGCUGCCCAGUGUGCAGAAAGGAGCAGUAUGAGACACGGGUAAUCCACGAUGCAGCUCGCCUUUUCAGACAUCAAUGUGCCAUCAGAAUUCAAGCACGCUGGCGAGGCUACGUUGCUCGAGAAAGGUACAAAAAAUUGAGAAAAUCCAUCUGUCCAAAAGACACACAGUUGCGACGGAAAUUCUUUGAGGCGAAGUUGCAGGAGUUGAAUGACAGCUUUGUCAGAUACUGUCACACCGACACGGAGUCUUUUCUGAGUGAUAUCAACCGCUCCCUGUCGUCAAGCAGACGAGUGUUCCAGCAGCUGGAGAGAAAGCAAGUCUCUGAACCUCAGGAGGACGAUUGGGAGCGAAUACAAAGCCAGGUGGUCCAGAGAGGUGUAUGGGACUGCCCCAUCUGCCUGACUGCACUGUGUGGCCCGAGCCUGCCAACAGACGCCACCGCCCUCCUGUCCUGUUCCCACCUCUUCCAUCGGCUCUGUCUGGAGGCCUUUGAGGCCUUUUCAAUCGAGAGCAGACCUUCCUGCCCCCUGUGCAGAUCCAUCUACCACAAAAAAAUCACCCACCUCGGCACAAAUAUAUCAUAAUGGCAUUUUAGAUAUUUAUGACCUUC